AUGACUUACGGAGCAUUACUGCCUUCCUUGCUCGCGCAAAACCUGGUUCACACACUACCACCCCCUCGCAUUCCAGAUCCUCUCCCACGCUGGUACCGUCCUGAACUUCAUUGUGUUUAUCAUCAAGGGGCAGCAGGUCACGAUGUGGAACGUUGUUAUGCCCUCAAGAAAGAGGUCCAAAAACUGCUCAAUAGCAAAGAGUUAACUUUCGCCGACCCUGAUCAUGUUGCCCAGAACAAUCCUCUGCCUCCCCAUGGGCCUGUUGUUAAUAUGAUUCAAGAUUGUCAGGAAGAUGCUUGCAUUCUCUACGCAUGUGACAUCAAGACCCCUUUGGUACCGAUACAUGUGAAAAUGUGUGAAGUAGCUCUCUUCAGUCAUGAUCACGAGGCUUGUGAGGUGUGUUCGGUGGAUCCUCGUGGUUGCAUGCAAGUCCAAAAUGAUGUGCAAGGUCUCCUAGAUAAAAAGGAACUUGUGGUUACAAAGGAAAUCAAGAGCAAAAGUGUUUGUGUUGUCACCCCAAUAUUCAGAGCUAGGAGGCCGCUUGUGAUAAACCCUAACAGUGCAAAGCCCGCUGGCACUCCUCUGGUAAUCUGUGUCCCAAGGCCUGUACCUCAUUCCUCUCAGAAAGCCGUAUCUUACAAAUAUGAAGGCACAAUUCUUGAACCCGGAACUGAAACGACCUCACCAUCUGUUGUGGACAAUAUUGCCGAGAGUAGUCAGAUUUUGAGAAGCGGCCGCGUUCUUCCUGCUGUGGUUCAGAAAAGCACUAAUAUUUCGGUCGAAGAAGCAGUAAAGGAGCGGAACACUGGUAAAGGUAGAGUUGGAGAGCAUCCCAAAGAGAUUGACUAUGAGGAUGCUGAUAAAAUCUUAAAGCUGAUCAAGAGGAGCGAGUACAGGGUUGUGGACCAAUUGUUACAAACCCCUGCAAAGAUUUCCAUUAUGUCUCUGUUAUCAAGCUCUGGUGCUCAUCGAGAUGCCCUGAAGAAAGUACUGGACCAGGCUUUUGUGGAUUAUGAUGUGACUUUGGGCCAGUUUGAAAGUAUUAUGGGGAAUGUGACCGCAUGUAACAGUCUGAGUUUCAGUGAUGAAGACCUCCCAGCGGAGGGGAAGAAGCACAAUCAGGCGUUACUCAUCUCUGUACUUUGCAGAACAGACUCUUUAUCCAAUGUUCUAAUAGACACCGGCUCUGCUCUUAAUGUAAUGCCCAAAUCAACCCUUGACCAAUUGACAUAUUCUGAGGCUCUCUUGAGGCCCAGUAAGGUGACGGUGAGGGCAUUUGAUGGGACCAGAAGAUCAGUAUAUGGUGAGAUAGAUUUGCCCAUCUCAGUAGGCCCACAUGAGUUUCAGGUUACUUUUCAAGUCAUGGAGAUUCAGGCUUCUUUCAGUUGUUUGCUUGGCAGACCAUGGAUUCAUGACGCUGGGGCAGUGACAUCCACUCUCCACCAGAAGCUAAAAUUUGUAAGCCAUGGAAAGCUCAUCGCUGUGAGUGGCGAGUCAGCCUUUUUGAUCAGCAAUUUGUCUGCUUUCUCUGUUAUUGGUGGUAGUAGUUCAGAUGGGUCAUCAUUCCAAGGUUUCUCUGCUGAAGGAAGUGUAGUGGAGUUACCAGAGAACAAGCGCAAGGAAGGGAUUGGUUUUCUUAACAGUAGGUCUGGGAUGUUUGACCCUACCGAAGGCUCUUUCCGCAGUGCUGGAUUCAUCCACGAUUCGCCAGAGAUCAAUGCAAUUACCGAUGAUGCGCCUGGAGGAGUGGCACCUGUCUUUGUAACACCUGGAGGAGCAUGCUGCAACUGGAUUGCUGUGGACAUUCCUUCUGUGAUACCCCGAUCUAAACUGAACAUAAGCGAGCCCGUUGAACACAGUAACCCCAUGCUUCCUCCCAACUUUGAGGUUCCGGUUUACGAGGCUAUAGUAGAGGAGGAUGACGAGAUUCCUGAUGAGAUCAGAUGGAUGUUGGAACAAGAAAGAAAGACAAUUCAACCUCAUCAAGAAGAGAUAGAAAUCAUCAAUCUGGGUACUGAGGAAGAUAAAAAAGAGAUCAAGAUUGGGGCAUUGUUAGAGGUAUCUGUCAAGAAGAGGAUAAUUGAGCUUCUCAGAGAGUAUAAUGAAAUAUUUGCAUGGUCAUACAAGGACAUGCCGGGUCUAGAUCCUGAUGUUGUGGAACACAGACUGCCUUUGAAGUCUGAGUGUCCUCCAAUUGAUGCAGGUUUCCUAGUCACAUCAGAGUAUCCUCAAUGGUUGGCCAACAUAGUGUCUGUUCCAAAGAAAGAUGGCAAAGUCAGAAUGUGUGUUGAUUAUCGGGACUUGAACAAGGCUAGUCCGAAGGAUAAUUUCCCUUUACCUCACAUUGAUGUAUUGGUUGAUAACACUGCUAAGUGCAAGGUUUUCUCCUUCAUGGACGGUUUCUCCGGCUACAAUCAGAUCAGGAUGGCUCCUGAGGAUAGAGAAAAGACGUCUUUCAUCACGCCCUGGGGUGCUUUCUGCUAUGUGAUGAUAUGA